CAGCUGCUGAUUAUCAACAGCUGGCCAUAUGGCCGCUGUCGUUUGUCGAGGUUCUUUAGAUAGUGUUGAUUGACUUAAUUGUUGUCUAAUUUGAUUUUGGAUUCAUCAUGAGCACCUGUCAAUUAGAACCCUGUAUCGAGCUUCCUCUCUCGAAGGAGAAGCUGAAAGAAAGCGUAGAUAAAGCGAAGGACUGGGCGCUUAUGCAUGGGAUAUCCAUGCGGUCCAAGACAAAUUUUAAUAAGGACCAAGUACAACUACUACCUGUUACAUUGUUACCAUCGAGCUUUCCCGAAAAACCCUUUUUAACUGUAAAAAAUGUACAAACUAUAUUAAACGAACUUAUUCAUAAAGUUGCUCAUGAUAAGGAAUUUCUUACAAGCAGCUUAAAAAGCACAAUCCAAGCUGAUCCAUUUACAGCAAAGCUAUUCCACAUAUAUGAGACAGUAUAUGAAAAAGGUUUUAGCCAGAGUAUAAGUCUUGGACUGUUGAGAUCAGAUUAUUUAUUACACGAUGACUGUAAGAUAAAGCAAGUAGAAAUAAAUACAAUAGCAGCUAGCUUUGCGGCCUUGGCUACAAUUACAUCCGAAUAUCAUAAGUAUAUAUUAGAAGAAUUGGGAUAUAGGAAGAAAGCGUGCCAAAUUCCAGAAAAUAAUGCACUUAUUGGAUUUUGCAAAGGAUUAAUAUUCGCAUGGGAAUUGUAUAAUAAUUCAGAGGCUGUUAUAUUAUUUAUUGUUGAAGAUAUAACUUAUAAUAUAAGCGAUCAAAGGUUUCAUGAAUUUCAAAUUCGUCAAUUAUGUCCUAAAAUUAAGAUUAUUAGAAAAAGUUUAACAAAUUUAGUAUCGGAGGGAGUGAAAUUGGGACCAAAUAAAGAAUUAAUUGUUUCAAAUAUGGAAGUGGCUGUUGUUUACUAUCGUUCAGGUUACGAACUUGAAGCUUACCCUACAGAAAAGGAAUGGGACAUGAGAUUGUUAAUAGAGUGUUCUCGUGCAAUAAAGUGUCCAUCAGUACAAUAUCAUUUAGCAGGUACUAAAAAAGUACAACAAUCUUUAGCUCAAUCUACUGUAUUGAAAAAAUUUCUAAAAGAUGAUGCACCUGUUGCUAGAGUGCAAGAAAUAUUUACUGGUCUAUAUACAUUAGAUUUUAAUGAUGAUGGAGAAAAAGCAAUAGAAAUGGGUAUAAACGAACCAUACAAGUUUGUUCUCAAACCACAAAGGGAAGGAGGAGGGAAUAACAUAUAUAAUGAAAAUAUAAAAACGUUGUUAAGUUCCAUGAAGGAAUCGCAAGAAAGAACGGCAUGGAUUCUCAUGGAUCGCCUUUGUCCUCCUUUACAGAAAAAUUAUUUUGUACGUGCCGCUGAAGAAUCAUCUUCAGAGGAUGACAUUGAUCCAUCAGAUGUUAUAACAGAACUUGGCAUAUAUGGCGUAAUAGUAGGGGAUAGCAAUGAGAUAAUGUUAAAUAAAGAAGUUGGACAUAUUCUAAGAACUAAAUUAUCGAGCGAGGAUGAAGGCGGAAUAGUUGCAGGUGUUGGUGCCCUUGAUAGUCCCUAUUUAAUUAGCUAAAAUUAUACAUCUCUAAAAUAGUUUUAAUUAAAUAGGUAGUCAUACAAUUUAGAGAGAGAGAGAG